UUCACUACAGUGUAGUUUGCCGCACGAUAAUGAUGUUUCCGUUCGUAUACCACUGCAUCCUACCUACCAUUCUGUUUUAUAUCACUGCUACGUCACAGCGUCGUGUGUCGCGCGUUCGACUCUCCAGUGGGUACGACAUGCCCUUGUUGGGGUUGGGUCUGGGUCAUUACAAAAACGAGACUGAAGUGGAAGAGAUGGUCCUGAUGUUCUUGGAACUAGGCGGGAGGCACAUCGACACUGCGAUAGUGUACGAAAAUCAAGGUGCUGUCGGCAGAGCUGUGAAGAAAUCUGGAAUACCACGGGAAGAAGUCUUCAUCACAUCGAAGAUACCUCCACAAAGAAUGGGCUACGACUCAACGUUCAAGGCUAUCCUGGAGAUUGUCGAGGAGAUUGAUCUCGGCUAUAUUGAUAUGAUACUCAUUCAUUGGCCCUCGCUGUUGGAGACGACGUUGCCAUGUACAACCAACGAUGGCAGCUGGAAGCAUUGUAGACUUGGUUCCUGGGCUGCUAUGGAACAAAUGGUACAUGCCGGCUUGGUCAGAAGCAUUGGCGUCAGCAACUUUGGAACUCGUCAUUUGGAAGAGCUUAGACCUUUCGCUUCACUAUGGCCACCAGCGACCAAUCAGUUUGAGGUUCACCCUUUGCUGCCCGAAAAUGACCUCGUCAGCUAUUGCCGAGCAAACGGUAUAGCUGUUACGGCCUACGGCUCGUUAGGGGGACCACAGCGAGCGAAAGAGUUCACCAACUCGAGUGUUCUGCGUGCAAUUGGUGAACGAUACAACAAAACUCCAGCACAGGUGCUCUUGCGCUGGGCUCUGCAGCAGCAAUUCGCUAUCAUACCGAUGAGUCGGAAGAGAAGUCGAAUGAUCGAGAACUUGGACGUCCUUGAUUUCAUUCUGAGUAGAGACGACUACCACUCAAUAGCUGAAUUUGUGAUUNNNNUAUCGAGCAUCAAAUCUCGGUUCAAAAAAUAA